GUCGUCAUUGCCCGGGACGGUCCAUGGAGGAAGAUAGAGAAUCGUCUGCCGAGGACCGCCGCUGAUGGUGUGUUAAUCAGCCAUGGCGCACUUCGUGACGCACAUUCAGCCGUCCUUAUCGGAACUGUCGCAUCACCAUCAUCACCACGAUCAUCACCACGAUCAUCUUUACGAUCAUCACCACGACCAUCACCACGACCACGAGCACCACGCGUCUCCGCCCAAGAAGCCUCAUCCUGCCUCUCAUCUACACAUAGAUCUGCACAGUACUGCGGCCCCCGCUGCUGCCCCUAUAGCCGCGCCAACCCCCGCUCCGCCACAUAAAGAGUCGGACGGGAACACCUCGUUCCUGCGGGCGGCGCGGGCAGGACAUCUUGACAAGGUGUUAGAGCAGUUGAAGAACAAUGUUGACAUCAACACUUGCAAUGCUAAUGGACUGAAUGCUUUGCACCUUGCUUCAAAAGAUGGCCACGUCCAUGUUGUUACCGAACUGCUUAAGAGAGGGGCCAAUGUUGACUCAGCUACCAAGAAGGGAAACACAGCUCUACACAUAGCUUCUCUUGCUGGGCAGGAGGAGGUAGUGCGGCUGCUGGUAGAGCAUGGGGCCUCAGUCAAUGUACAAAGUCAAAAUGGCUUCACUCCGCUGUACAUGGCUGCCCAGGAGAACCACGACAAUGUGGUCAAGUAUCUGCUUGCCAACGGUGCCAACCAGAGCCUUGCCACAGAGGAUGGCUUUACUCCGCUGGCUGUCGCAAUGCAGCAGGGCCAUGACAAGGUGGUGGCCGUUCUGCUGGAGAACGACACCAGAGGUAAGGUGCGACUGCCUGCUCUACACAUUGCUGCCAAGAAGGAUGACUGCAAAGCUGCUGCCUUACUCUUACAGAAUGAACACAACCCAGAUGUAACGUCCAAGAGUGGAUUCACUCCCCUUCACAUUGCCUCCCACUACGGGAAUGAAGGCAUUGCCAACCUCCUUCUCAACAAAGGUGCCGAUGUUAACUACGCCGCUAAACACAACAUCACCCCACUGCACGUUGCCGCCAAGUGGGGUAAGAGCAAUAUGGUGUCCUUGCUGCUGGAGAAGGGAGCUAACAUUGAGUCCAAGACCCGUGAUGGACUGACGCCCCUGCACUGUGCUGCCAGGUCGGGACAUGAGCAGGUCGUUGACAUGCUACUGGAGCGGGGCGCUCCCAUCAGCUCCAAGACCAAGAACGGCCUGGCCCCUCUACAUAUGGCCUCUCAAGGUGACCAUGUGGAUGCUGCCAGGAUCCUGCUUUACCACAGAGCACCUGUGGACGAGGUGACAGUUGACUACCUGACAGCGCUACAUGUGGCAGCUCAUUGCGGACACGCCAGAGUAGCCAAGCUGUUACUAGACCGCAAGGCUGAUCCCAACGCAAGAGCUCUCAACGGCUUCACUCCACUGCACAUUGCCUGCAAGAAGAACAGGAUAAAAGUAGUGGAGCUGUUGCUGAAACAUGGCGCAUCUAUAGAGGCUACCACCGAGUCUGGCUUGACACCACUUCAUGUGGCCAGCUUCAUGGGUUGUAUGAACAUCGUCAUCUACCUGCUGCAGAAUGAAGCAAACCCCGACGUUCCAACAGUGCGUGGUGAGACCCCACUGCACUUGGCAGCUCGGGCCAAUCAAACGGACAUUAUACGCAUACUGCUGCGCAAUGGUGCCCAGGUGGACGCUCGUGCCAGGGAGCAGCAGACCCCGUUACAUAUCGCUGCCAGACUAGGCAACGUAGACAUUGUGAUGUUGCUGCUACAGCAUGGUGCGGCAGUGGACUGCACUACCAAGGACCUGUACUCAGCUCUGCACAUUGCUGCCAAGGAGGGCCAGGACGAGGUGGCAGCAGUGUUGUUAGAGAACGGAGCUUCAGUGACAGCCACCACCAAGAAGGGGUUCACUCCCCUCCACCUGGCGGCCAAGUACGGCAACAUGAAGGUGGCCAGGCUGCUACUGCAGAGGGAUGCUCCAGUGGACGCCCAGGGCAAGAACGGAGUGACACCUCUGCAUGUAGCCAGCCAUUAUGACCACCAGAAUGUAGCCCUGUUGUUGCUGGACAAGGGAGCUUCUCCUCACGCUACUGCCAAGAACGGGCACACACCUCUCCACAUAGCUGCCAAGAAGAACCAGAUGGACAUAGCCACAACUCUUCUGGAGUAUGGUGCCAAAGCGAACUCAGAGUCUAAGGCUGGUUUCACCCCUCUCCACCUCUCCUCACAGGAGGGCCACGUGGACAUGAGCUCUCUGCUGAUAGACCAUCAGGCCGACACCAACCACAAGGCCAAGAAUGGCCUGACCCCACUUCAUUUAUGUGCUCAAGAAGACCGAGUGAAUGUCGCUUCCAUUUUGGUCAAAAAUGGUGCUGAAGUCGACUCAACUACUAAGGCGGGUUACACACCACUACAUGUUGCUUGCCACUUUGGUCAGCUAGGCAUGGUGAGGUUUCUGCUAGACUCCGCCGCUAGGUCUGAUGCUACCACAGCUGUAGGCUACACUCCCCUUCACCAGGCAGCUCAGCAGGGUCACUGCGCCAUAGUCAACACACUGUUGGAACACAACGCUCCACCCAACGCCACCACCAACCAAGGGCAGACUGCAAUGUCCAUCGCUCAAAAGCUGGGCUACAUCAGUGUGAUGGAGACUUUGAAGGGAGUAACUGAGCCAGGCACCAUCACACCGCUGGGGGAGGAGAAGUACAAAGUGGUCAGUCCAGAAACUAUGCAAGAGACUUUCAUGUCAGACUCUGAGGAUGAGGGAGGUGACGUGUUGACGGGCGAAUAUGCUCUCUUUGGCCAGCCUACGCACACGCAACACGUCUAUCUGCCUUUUUACCAAGGCGAUUCCCUUCUCACACGUGAAGACACUCUUCUGAGUGAGCAACCUUACCGAUACCUGACAGUUGACGAGAUGAAGAGUCUGGGAGAUGACUCUCUACCUAUUGACGUUAGGCAAGAUGAGCGCCAGGACUCUAACCGAGACUGCAUGUCUGUGCCACCAACAGCAGUGGACGACACCAUCAGUCCUCAACAUGUCAAGGAAACUUACUCUCCAGACAACGUUGAUAUUGCUAGACACCCGUUGCAUGUGGGGAAACUACAAUGGAGAAAUUUCCUGGUGAGUUUCUUGGUGGAUGCUCGCGGAGGAGCCAUGCGGGGUUGUCGCCACUCGGGUGUCCGGGUGAUUGUACCUCCGCGCCGGGCCAGUAUGCCCAUGAGGGUCACAUGCCGCUACCUACGCAGAGACAAGCUCACUCACCCUCCACCCCUCAUGGAGGGUGAAGCUCUGGCCAGCCGCAUUCUAGAACUGGGACCGGUCGGUGCCAAAUUCCUCGGACCUGUUAUGAUUGAAGUGCCUCAUUUUGGAUCUCUCCGUGGCAAGGAGCGGGAGAUUGUGAUCCUGCGGUCAGAUAAUGGAGAGACUUGGCGGGAACACACAGUGGACUGCAGUGAGGAGGCAGUACAGGACGUCCUUAGUCACAGCUUUGACAAGGAAGACCUGGCUCAGCUUGAUGAGAGUGCUCGCACCACCAGGAUACUGACCUCCGACUUCCCCCACUACUUCGCCGUUGUGACCCGAGUGCGUCAAGAGGUCCACGCUAUUGGACCCGAGGGAGGAAUGGUCUCGUCCAGUGUAGUACCUCAGGUCCAGGCAGUGUUCCCCCAGGGGGCUCUCACCAAGAAGAUCAAGGUCGGAUUGCAGGUAAAUCUCUUCAAACCAAGGAAGAACGCGACUCCUGCAUCAUUAAAAAAAAUCACUGUUAAUCAUGUGCCAAAGAAGAAACGUUUUUCACUUGUCUGGUAAGUCACUCCAUGUGAUCUACAUGUGUUCCGCUUCCUUCUAAUUCCCUCCAAAUGGAAAUUGUAGUAUUUAUUUGUGUUUGAAAUAACUUUUAUUUUGAUAAGGUACAUUAUACUAAUGAUAGGCAAAAUUGGGGAUUGGUAAAAAGGGUCAACAUGUAGGAAAAUGUAUUAUUAUCAAUUAGACUCAGUUCAAUAGACAGUACUGUAGAUCCUUGAUAUGAAGAAUAGCGAAGGGAAGGGUGACCAUGAACAACUUAAACAUUCUAGGGGUAAAUAGUGAAGUAUUAAGAUAACUUACCUAUAAUACUGCAAUAUUGUUACUGAGUGCAAUGAAAAUAGACUAUUUAACUGCAAAAUAAACCUUGCAAUUUAUAAAACAAAUCAUAAAAAAUAACAAUCGCUAUGAUAAAGGGGAACAAAUAAACAAAAAAUGUAUUGGUUGAAUCUAUAAACUGAACAAAAAUACAAAUUAACACAAUGGAACAGACACAGUAUACAAAAUCUAAUAAAUCACAACCAUGUAAGAUGUAACUGAAUAAUUAAUAAUUUUAGAUUACUCAGCUCCGUUUGUGCUAUAAACUAGGUUAUUUUUCAAGUUUAUAACAAUGCAAAAUAAAUGGGAGGUACGAAUAAAAUACAAAUAAGGUAAAUUAGAGAAAUUAAUUAAUUAUCAAGCAAAAUGUAGUAAAAGAAAUCCUAUAAGAUUGCAGCACAGUGUGUAUCAUACCAUAGAAUACUCAUGACUAAUGAGUAAUGAGUGUUAAUCAUCCAACCAGCAAUACAAAUAGUCUCCAUCAAUAAUCACAUCAAGACAGAAGUAAACAAGUAAAGUAGGCAACCAGGUAAACACGUUAGACAGUUGGCAAAACCGUUUUACGUCAAAAUGUGUCCAUUUAUCACUGCCCUUUUCUCAUAUGAUAAAAACAAUACUCUUAUAUUUUUAUACAUGACUAUUAAAACCACUUACUCAUCAAACAAUGUUGAUCUAGUAAUCAAUCAACUGUGAAGUAUAGUAAAAAAGGCAAAUACAGUAAUAGUGGAUUUGCAAUUGGUCUUCCUCUCCAGUAUUCAAUGAACUAGUUCACUGCAACAUUAUUGAUAAAAAUAAAUAUUUUUGUUAAUGA